AUGGCUUCUCGAUACUCUGCCGCGCGCCCCAAGCGGGCGGGCGAGAACUUUGCCCGGACGCACUACAACAACGAGGAAGACACCAAGCGAGUCAAGUUUGACGUGCGCAAUCCGUCCAUCCUGGCGCCGGACGCGCGGGAAGACGAUGCGAUCCUCGAUGCCGACGUGAUUGGCGGCAGCGGCGCCACGAAACGAGGUGCCGUGAAUCUCGACGGCUACGACAGUGACUCGGACAACGAGAACUUCAACGCGCGAGCAGGCAGCCGCAAAAAGGUCAACGUCAAUAUCCUGGAGCAGCUGGACAACUACGACGCAAAAGCCAGCAGCACCCAGCAAGAGUCGAGGAAGCCCAUCAACGAGGACGAUGACGACGACGACAUGUUUGCGGCGGAGAACGACGAUGAAAAAGGAAACGAAGUAGCGGGCGACGAAGACGAAGAAUUUGAAAAGUCUGGCAGGAAGAAGAAGGAUGUCAAGUUUCUGGAUGAAGCCCAGAUCCAAGGCCAAGAGAACAAGAGCAAAAGUGGCGGCACCAUCCGCCUGGAUGACCAGGAAAGCAGCGACGAUGAGGAAGACUUGGAGCUUGCGAUCCAGGAAGAAGGCGUGGAUGAAGAGGUCGGCGCGGGAGGCCUAAAGCGCAAUGCACCCAAGGUUGAGGCCUUCAAUCUCAAGGAAGAAAUGGAGGAGGGUCGCUUCGACCAGGAUGGCAACUACGUGCGAAAGGCCAACGACCCCGACGCCGUGCACGACAGCUGGCUCGAAGGCCUCAGCAAAAAGGACAUGAAAAAGGCGGCGGCAGCACACGAGAAGCGUGAGGCAGAAGCCCGAGAGAGACGCAUUCAGGAAGAUGGAGUCUUGGUCUCGGACCUGCUGGCAACGCUGAUUCGAAACUUGGAGAAGACAGAGACGCCCCUGGAAGCUCUGGCACGACUAGGCAAGGACAAGCCAAAGACCAAAAAGAUACCCAAAUGGAAGCUCAAGAAGAUGAACAAGGGCGCAGAAGCUAUGGAGACGGAUCAGGAGGCGGCCAAUGACGCCAAGCAAGCCGAGGUUAAGCAAGCAAUCGACGCCAUUACGGAUGCGGCUGAUAAGCUACUAAGCCGUGGACAUGAAGACAUCUACGAUCAAGAGCGAGAACUGCUGGUUCAAACUGAGGAGGCAUCGGCCCCGGCGAACGGCACCAUGUGGGAGUUUAGAUGGACGGACGGGCGAGACGAUGCGGCAAAGCAAGGCCCUUUCGAUGGCCCCACGAUGAAAGCUUGGCAGGAUGCCGGAUACUUUGGCCACGGCGUCGAGUUCCGAGCUGUUGCCGGGGAUGGAGAGGAGGGCGCGUGGGCCACUUCGGCUGACUUUUCAUGA